GGGCAAAAAAAAAAAAAAAAAGGCACUAAAGGGGACAGCAAAAUAAAAGGCACACAAACUGCAAUCAGCGUAAUCAUCACAAUCAUCGUAAGAACCUCAAAAGGCAACCGCAAAUGCCGCGCGCGAAGGAGCUCGCACCACUCCCCGCACGCACACCCCCUGUGUUAACACGAUAUGUUCCACUUGCCGGCACCAAACCAGGGCGCACCUACCCGUUCAUGUGCUCACCAUCAGCCAACGUGUGAAACGAACUGAGCGAGGGACAAGUGCGCACAUAUAUCACCCAUGCUUGGAUAUUUUUACGCAGGCUGAUCGUAGUUCUGCUGUUCUGCUGCCCUACUUCUUUACGUUUUGCUGUUCUACUUCUUUACACUUUGCUGCUCUCCCGGUUUACGUCACCACCGCGAAGCGAACAAAAUGGACUCCAUCAGAAGGAACAUACUCAGCGGCAGACUCUGCACCACGCUGGGGAUAAAAUUCCAACCCAGGGACUUCCCCAAAUUUUACGCAAAAAAUCACUUCAGCACAGACAAUGAAGAGAAAAGUGAAACAAAAGGGAAACACACGAACGUCAAGGAAAAGAAACCAAAUGGGUUACAAAUUGACUGCGAAAUUAAGAGUCCUUUGAAGGAGUUUUUAAACACGGACACUGCGUCCAGAGUGUUUGUUCUGAAAUAUGCGUGGAAAUACAUUAAGGAAAAUAACUUGCAAAAUCCAAACACGAAGAGGAAGAUAAUACCCGAUGAGAAGUUGAAGAACGUGCUCGAAAAGGAUGAAGUGGACAUGCUGGAGGUGCCCAAGUUGUUGUUCCGCCACAUGUCGUCCAUCAGGAAGGAGUGAGGCUGCGUGUGGGGGCUGCCUGUGCAAACUGCUUAUGCAGGCGGUGUUAACUUCGACGGGGAGCGUUUCACACCCUACCCAUUCACCUUGCACAAGGUUCCC